AUGAGUCGGUUUGGCAUUCGUACUUUGAAGGGACCAUUCGAAAGCAAGGACGUGGAGUCUAUCAUUACGAACCUCGAACGACAUCGAAUUACACUCGCGCAGAUUCUCGACGUGGCACAAGAGCUUGUUCUUGCAAUGCUUCCUGAUGUAAAAGAUGCUGCAUCCUUUUCUCAUAAAAUUGAGCACGAUGCUGGUUGCCACUGCGAAACCCGAAUCGCACUCCGUGACGAGAUAGUACGGUGGUCAGACGACACAGAAGGGGAAAUCAUCUUCUGGUUAAAUGGAAUGGCAGGAACGGGAAAGUCAAUAAUUUCACGAACCAUUGCACAAACCUUUCCGGAUAAGGUUAUUCUGGGUGCAAAAUUCUUUAUCAAGAGAGGCGAGAGAGAUCGUGGGAAUGCCGCUCGACCAUUCGCAACUAUGGCAUGUCAAUUGGUUGUCCAAAAAGCUGCACUAGCGCCGAAGAUCCAGGAUGCAAUCUCAAAGGACCCAGAGAUUGUCAACAGAUCUUUGAAAGACCAAAUCGAGCAGCUAUUUUUGAAUCCCUUAGUUGACUUGGAGUAUCACGCAGCAAAUAUCCGAACUGCUGUGCUUCCUUCGACGAAUGCGAACGGUACGAUGAUUAUCCAUCUGAUGUCACGGGGCACCAUUCUCAAGUUAGGACGGCUUAAAGUAUUCCUGACCAGCAUGCCAGAGCUACCAAUUCGUCUUAGCUUCGAAUGUUGA